CAGUGUAUAUAAACAGAUUUUCAAUUCUGCUCUUGAUCAGUUAUCUUUGCUGACAUGGAGCUGAACAAAAUUCUUCUAUUUGCUUUCACUGUUGUAGGUGUUUUAGCCACACCUGAUGAAAGAAGGUUGAUUGCAGUUGAACAAGAAACAUAUAUUUAUCAAGGGCACAAAUACACAUUCCAUCGUGAGCGUGUAACGUGGGAGGAAGCUGCACAAAUUUGCUCAGAUGAAGGAGGAUAUCUUGCAGUCUUGGAAGACAUGGCUGAAACUGAAUUCAUUGCUGAAGCUAUGGCUGGUGGACUUUGUUUCUUUCACCCCUACCAGAACAUUUGGAUAGGUGGGCGAUAUGUUGAUGGGAAUUGGAUGUGGGUUCCCACUGGAUUAGAAAUUCCAAGUAAAAUAGGAAGUGAUGGAUAUCCUCCAUGGUCUAUCAAUGUCAGACGAUCCAAUUUAUGUUUAGCAAUAAGCAGAUUAUUUAUUACUCGUCCAGUUUUAUCAGACCUCAACUGUGAUCGGAGGAGGAAUUUUGUAUGCGAACAUGGUUGUGCUCAGCUGAAGGACAGUGAACGUCAAUCCUGGAAUCCUCCUUUGUGUUCCGAGACUUUCAGUGAGGUAGGAGAUGAAUGUAGCCUUGUUUGCAAAGAUGGGUAUGAACUUACUGGAAGUGCUACAGUCUCAUGCACUGCUGAUGGCUGGAAUGGCACUGGUGGUUUGAACAAAAUACCUAUAUGCAAAACACCUGAAGAAGUAGGUGAAGAUUUUGUGAAUAAAAUAAACAGUACUUUGGAUGGAAUUGCAGCAAAUAUGCUAUUCUUACUUGAUGAAUCAGUAAGUGUCUCACCACAACAAUUUGAAAUGGAGAAAUACUUCGUUAAAUCAGUGGCCCAGGCAUUCCCGCUCUCUGUAAAUCGAACAGCAGGCUUGAUAACUUUCAGUCAUGUUGCUGAUGUAGACAUCCCGCUCACUCAAACAGAUACAUGUGUGUUUGUUGACUCUGUUGGUAACGUAGUUUACACAGAGGGUGGAACAAGUAUACUAGUUGCAUUAAAUCUGGCAAUUGAUGAAAUAGAGAAGAAUGCAGUUCAUAAUACAACACUUGUUUUUCUAGUAACAGAUGGUAUCAGUACAACUGAUCCUGCUCCAGCUGCAGACACUCUGAAAGCAAAUGGAGAUAUAGUGUUCACAAUUGGUAUUGCUGAUUAUCAGCGUGAUCAGCUUGAACCUCUGGCUACUGUUGCUUCAGAUGGAACUCCAAAUUUCUUUGGAGUUUCGAGCUUUGAAGUAUUCCUGAGGAUUGCACAGUACUUGAACACAACUUACAUUGAUGAAAACCAGAUAAACUGUAACUAAUUCAAAAGUCAGCAUUCCUCUUUCGCUUGCAAUCACAUGUUAAAAAAUGAAAUGGUUCUCUGUGCCCAUUACUUUCAGGUGGCUACAGUGUCCUAUGAUCUAAUCUACUUUCUAGGUGUGUUAUUCAGAGUACAGAGGAACAAAUUGAUUUGAUUAUGGAACAUCUCGUGUGUAUGUAGUUAAUUUGUAACUAACAUUGUA